AUGUACACAACCAACGCCAUCAACCCCGAAAAGGCCAUUGACAGAUCUGUGGCAGACCAGCCUCCGGCCGAGGAGGAUCUGUACUUUGAGCAGAACCCUGCUCCUGAGUAUCUGCCUGAGUUUGAGCGAAAGCUGUCUGAGUUUCUGACCAAUAACGGCACCAGAAAGGUCGCUGUAGUCACCAGUGGAGGUACCACUGUCCCUCUAGAGAACAACACUGUUCGGUUCAUUGACAACUUUUCCGCUGGAACUCGAGGUGCCACAUCAGCAGAGUACUUCCUCGAGAAUGGCUAUGCCGUGGUUUUCCUCCACCGUCAGUUCUCUUUGCUUCCUUACUCUCGACAUUACACCCACUCCACAAACUGUUUUCUGGACUACAUGGUGGAGUCCGAGACCGAGCCUGGGUCUGUCAAGGUUGACGAAAAGUACCAGGUCCAGAUGCUGGAUGUGCUGCGAAAGUACAAGCAGGCCCAGAAGGACAACACUCUGCUACUGCUGCCCUUCACCACUGUUACCCAGUACCUGUUUUCGCUCCGAUGCAUCGCUCUGACAAUGUCCAAGCUGCAUGUGGACACCCGGUGUGUGUUCUAUUUGGCUGCCGCGGUGUCUGAUUUCUUCAUGCCCACCUCUAGACUGCCCCAGCACAAGAUCCAGUCUUCUGGAGGUGAACUUGUGGUCAACCUGGACCCAGUUCCCAAGUUCCUAAAGCGACUGGUCGAGGCUUGGGCGCCACGUGUCAUGAUUGUGUCAUUCAAGCUGGAGACGGACGAGUCCAUUCUCGAGUCCAAGGCCAAGACGGCGCUGGAGCGAUACAACCACCAGCUGGUGAUUGGUAACCUGCUGCAGACCCGAAAGAAGGAGGUCAUUUUUGUGACUCUGGAGGAGACGGAGAAGUACUCGCUGACGGAUGAGGAGGAGAAGGAGGGUAAGGAGAUUGAGGAGAUCAUUGUCCCUGAAGUGAUUAAGCGACAUGAUGUGUGGCAGGAGAAGGUGUGCAACUAG